AUGCAAAUUUGGCUGCUAAAAGCAGUUUGCCUUGCAUCUUGUGCAAUCAUUUAUGGUAAAAGCAACAAAGGAGACAAUAAUACGAAAGUAGAAGAAGGACCUGGUAGAGUUGAAGAAAAUAAAGAAACGCUUUUGAUUACAAUUAUUAUAAAAAAGUUUUUUGCAGGUUUUGGUGAUGACAUUAACUGGACAACGUGGGAUAAAGCUUUGCCUACAGCAAAAGCACUUAAUAAACCAGUAUUUCUAUUAAUUCAUAAAACUUGGUGUGGAGCAUGUCAAGCACUAAAAAAUGAAUUCAAAAGUUCCAAACAUCGUGAUGAAUUGGUAGAAUUAGCGGAAAAAUUUGUAAUGACAAAUACUGAAGACGAUGAAGAACCUGAAGAUGAAAAAUACGCUCCUGAUGGUGCUUACAUACCUCGAAUAUUUUUCCUUGGUUUGUUAUACUAA